AAACUUAAAAAUUGUGGAGUUUCCUUCUUACAACAUAAAACUUGCUCUCUACAGUUUCUGACUAAGCAUCCACGAAAGGAUUAGAUUCUAAAUCUAGACUAGGACUAGAAUAUCUAGAUGAGAUAUAAAAACUAAGAAAGGUCUGUAGUACUGAUGUCAAGUACUUAAGCUUAAUGAAUGGGGUAGAAUAGGAGGUAUAAUAAAACCCCUUGCAGUUAGCUUUCAGUUUAUUCCUGUAUGAAUCAAGGCAUUUGAGUUGUUACUCUUAAGGUGCUGUCACACAUAUUGAUAUACUCGGGUGCAGUGUGGUGCCAACCUAGUCAGACCCAGUGGUGGUGUGGGAUAUUAACUUUAAAAAAAUGUCUGAUGGGUACCGGGAAUAUGUGUGUGUGCUCAUCCGCAACGAAGACAAUAGGUUUCUUCUCACGGAUUAUAAAGACAGAGGCCUUUGGAUGCCGUUUGAGGAAAGAAUCGAUCCCCUUCCAUGCAGAAGCGUAGCCAUGAAAUUGAUUGAACGGUUUACUGGAGGAAAAGGAAGCUUAAAAGGACUUUUAAGAAAUCAAUUUAUUAGAUUCUCAAACACUCCUCCUCAUCUUUUCAUUAUAUUUCUAGCCACUAGUGCAGAUUCCAUCAAGGACUUUGAAGAUGGAUAUUGGUUAGAUGAGGAUGCAAUGAAGGCAGCGAUGGACCCAGAAGCCAGUCUUCAUCUCCUUGGUGCUGAUAUUAUCAAACUAGUUAGCCAUGUUUCGGAACACAGAACGUCCAGUUGUUCUGUGCCUCCUACAACCAUGGGAGAAAUGAGCGCAGAACUCUUUGACAUAACCCAGGACAUCAACACUGGCUCGGCUAAUGAGGCCCUUGUCAAGUCUGCUAAACUAGGGGUCAAAGAACAAGAGUUGCUGUUUCGAGAGUUUACUGAAGUCUGUCACCCUAGUAUGUAUAUGAACUAUACCACAUUCUCAUCGUACAUGACCAACUUGAAAGGAGCUAGGUCAUCAGACAACCUUUUAUCACUGUUCAGGGCUUUUGAUGCCAGGAAACGUAACUCUCUGUCUUUCAAAGAUGUGCUUCAUGGCCUUGCUGCCCUAGAGCCCUGUACACAGCAUGGUGGUCUUCCUGCGGAGAUGAGAUGCCGCUAUAUGUUCAGAUACUAUGACAAGAAUGGGGAUGGGUUUUUACAGUUUGAUGAGUUUAAAAAUUUAGUUAAAGAUAUAAGAGACCAUAAAGGACUUCCCAAUGAUGAAGCUUCCUUGAUGGAGGAGGCUAUUUCAAGUGCCAGAGUGUUUGGGGAAGAGACUAAAAAUAAACUUCCGAGUGCAGAUUUUCUUACUGCUGUCGGCUCACUCAAAUUUAGAGGGACUUCAAUUUUAUUUCGUUUGCAUCAGUCAUGUAUGACAAACAUAAGAAUAGCAAGGGAGAGCAGUCCAUAUAGUGAUAGUGACAGUGACAGCAGAGAGGAACCACCAACCAAAAGGUCAAGGCCAAAACUUAUAGACUACAAAAAGCCCAAGGAGAAGGCCGUUGAAAAAGAUGAAACUGUUUUUAAACAGCCAGAAGGGAGAGCUCCAUCAGCUGCCAACUCUAAGAUUGCUAAAUAUGAGUUAGCCACACACACUGUCAGAGUGAAGAGAACUGGUACACUUGCAGAAGUGAUGGCAUUGUGGGAUUUACAAGGGACACCUGCUGUCAGCGGCAGUGCCAACAAUCAUUUAGAAGGUGAUGUCUCAAGAUUUCAGAGGCUUUCCUCUAUCGAUGCAUUCAACCAGAGAUCCCAUCCUAAUGAAAUGCUGACAGGACUUAGAUAUUUUGAAAGACCUGCUAAGGGAGAUAAUGGAACAAUAGCUAAGCAAGCCUUUGAGUGGGGCCAGGUUGAUAAGAACGCUCAAGCCAAGUGUCUUUUAACUAUUUGUAAACAAGUCAAAGAAUGUUUAGCUGAUGAGCCGAGACUUUUGAAACUCAGGUCUCCAACUUAUAUUUUAGGAGAUAUCCAUGGAAAUUACUGUGAUUUAGUCUCUUUUGAAAAAGCUCUGUGGAGACUUGGUCCAAAUCUUACACCAGCUUCAUUUCUUUUUCUGGGAGACUACGUGGACAGGGGGGAUUAUGGGAUUGAGGUGAUUUCCUACUUGUUUGCUCAAAAACUGCUAGCACCAAACAAAUUUUUUAUGCUGCGUGGGAAUCACGAGCUACGCAGCGUACAGGAGAUGUUUCACUUUAAAUCAGAAUGUUUAGAGAAGUUUGGUGAUGUUUUGGGAUUACAAAUCUGGGAAACUGUUAAUGAGUGCUUUGAUGUGAUGCCUAUUGCAGCCACCGUGGACGACAAGGUGUUUUGUGUCCAUGGUGGGAUACCAAGUCCAGAGAAUGAAGGAGGAAAUAUCGAGGCUAUCAACAAGAUUCCCUCCCCUUUAUGUGACCCAGAAUUAGAGUCUCCUUUAGCCUGGGAACUUUUGUGGAGCGACCCCUUGAGUAGCAGCUCUGACAACCUCACAGAAGCCAGCAUUCUAGAGUUAAAGAAGAAUCAUGGAUUCACCUUUAACACCAGGCGUGGAACAGCUCAUUUCUUUAGCUGCGAGGCGCUGUGUAAUUUCUUAGAGAGGAAUGGGCUGUCUCAUGUGAUCAGAGCUCAUGAGGUCCAAGAAGCUGGGUUUAAAGUACAGCAGCAAGGCAAACUGUUGACUGUUUUCUCUUCAUCUCGUUACUGUGGUGGCUCUAACGAGGCAGCCUGUGUUUUGGCGGAUAAUUUCAAACUGCGACUUAUUCGCAUAGACACGGCGUAGCCAGUGGUCCCCGUCUCUAGUGUGUAUUACUAAAUCUAACUCAGCUUCAUACGUUGGUCUGUUUUGCAGCAUUAAGGCGCAUUCUCAAUACAUCUGUUUUUUGUUAUUUUUAGAAAUUCGCUAUUUAAUAAGAUCUAACCAAAAAAAAUUUCUGUACCAAAGUGACAGAAUAAGUCUGAAAUAUUGUUUUGACUUUCUAUGGAUGAACUCUGAAGGACUUUGUUGUUGUUUUAACAUUGAAAAGGCUGUGUUGAAAUAAGACUUUGUUUAAAUUUUGACUGUGUUAUCUCCCCUAACAGACCAGAAUCAAUUAGAAGUAUAAUUCCAUUUAUUCUAAUAUAAACGUACGUUUUUUUUAAUGAUUUGCAAGAGAGUUCAAAUUAACCAAAAUUAUGCGAUUGUGAUUUUCAUUAGUUCCUUUUACAAAUCUUAUAUCAAUUCACUCUGUCUGUCUGGUAAAAAGUUUGUACAUUGUUAUUUUUCUCUGACACCCUAUUUCGGAUCAAGCUGAAAUUUUGCACAAGAAUCAAUAAAAAAAAUUAACCAAUUAGUCAAUUAACUAUUGGUAGUUAAUUAUUUUGUUUGGUAUCACAAACAAGGGAAAGAAAUUGUACUUGACUGAAGUGGUGGUAUAAGCUGAAUUAUUACCCUUUUUAGGUCGCUGCUUUAAAGUAAGUUUGAAACAAACUU